AUGAUGCAACAUCUAACACAACCAGUGACAACAGACAGGAGUAGGAGGGAACAUUACCAGGGCCAACACGAGGACAUCAAGAUUAUGCAAGGAAAUGUUGAUAGAGGCUCAAAGGCGGUGGAUAUGUUAUAUAAGAUGGCCGAAGAACGUGGGACGGAUAUUGUCCUGGUAGCAGAGCCAAACCGGAAGAAAUUGAAAGGUGGGAAAUGGAUUCACGACCAAAAUAUGGACGCAGCGAUUUAUGUCCCAGGAGGCCAGAUCAAGAUCCUGCAACAUGGUGCAGGGGUUGGUUUCGUAUGGGUGGAGACACCACAUAUUAUAAUCUAUAGCUGCUACAUAUCACCAAACGUAGACAUUGUCACGUUUGAGAACUUUCUGCAUAAACUCAGGGAAGAUAUGAAAAAACAAAAGAAAGAGAUGGUCAUUGGAGGAGACUUUAACGCGAAAUCCUUUCUGUGGAGCCCUAAACCAGAAGAUAGGAGAGGGGAAUUACUAUCAGAAUGGUUGGCUGAAGAGAACCUCAUUGUACACAAUAGAGGCAAUGUUCCAACCUUUAUCAGGGGAAGCAGUGAGUCAUACAUUGACAUAACAUUUAGCACCCAAAAGAUAGCCAGACAAGUAAUAAAUUGGAAAGUCCUUGAAAAAGAAAACCUGAGUCUCCAUCAGCAUAUCCUGUAUACAAUCACUGGAAGCAAUUGGACAGAGCUCCAGAAACCCAAUACAGCACAGUGCUGGGUAAUAAAUAAAGAAAGGCUUACCGAUCUGUCUCUGGAAAUAGGCAGACAACUCAGAAAUGACUUAGCAACAAAUGAGUGCGAUAAGACCUUUGUAAGGAAACGCAGCAGCGCAAGAAGACCGGUGUACUAG